UGAAGCUGAAACAGGUUUGUUGUUUUGCUGUCAGAGACGAAGGUUUCAGUCGACACACGAUAAGAUGUCUGGGUGUCCCAGAGGUCUUCCAGUUGGAGCUGCAGCGUGAGAAACCCUCCAAUCAGAGCAGUCCAGUACGUGGAGCUGUGACUCAUCAGGAAACAACUCACCUGAGUUCUUCUUCAUCAACUCUUCUGACUGUUUGAAGAAACUAGACGAAGGUUUCAGUCGACAGACACGAUAAGAUGUCUGGGUGUCCCAGAGGUCUUCCAGGUGGAGCUGCAGCGUGAGAAACCCUCCAAUCAGAGCAGUCAAGUACGUGGGGCUGUGACUCAUCAGGAAACAACUCACCUGAGUUCUUCUCCGUCAACUCUUUGGACUGUUUGAAGAAACUGACCCAUCAGAGACCAGACCCUGCUGAACCUGAACCUGAACCUAGCUGUGUGUCCAUGAAGAGUAACCGGUCCAUGGAGCCACCACUACUUUAAAAAAAGACCUCUAAGGGAGAGGAGAAUAGAAAUGGAGGAGAGGAGACUAGAAAUGGAGGAGAGAGGAUUGAUGGAGAGACUUGAAUGGCAGAAGGAGCGAAUUGCAAUGGAAAGUGAAAUUGAAAUGUUAAGAAGAAGAUUGAGGACCCAGAAGAAACCAGAGUCUCCUGAACCUGAACCUGGACCGGAACCUGAACCCAGCUGUGUGUCCUUUAAGAGCGACCGGUCAAAGCAACGCUAUAUUGACUUUAAAGGUCAACAACCCUCUGCUGAAAAGAGGAUCCAUCAAAGACCAGACUCUGCUGAACCUGAACCCAGCUGUGUGUCCUUCAAGAGUGACCAGUCAAAUUACCGCUUUAUUGAGUUUAAAGGUCAACAACCCUCUGCUGAAAAGAGGAUCCAUCAAAGACCAGACUCUGCUGAACCUGAACCCAGCUGUGUGUCCUUCAAGAGCGACUGGUCACAUCAAGGCCUCAUUGACUUUAAAGGUCAGCAACCCUCUGCUGAAAAGAGAGAGGACCAGGAGAGCUCAGAGGUUCCCAGUGGUCAGUCUGCCAAGCAGCAUCAAACACACCUGGACUCCAUAUUUAUGCUGUUGGAGGAGAACAUCGGCACUUUUGUGAAGAAUGAGCUGAAGAAGAUCCAGAAGGUUCUGAGUCCAGAUUACCCAGAAUGCUCAGAGAGUCAGAGGGAGGGUGAGGAUGAGGAUGAAGAGCAGAAGAGCAGCAGAGAGGCAUUUCUGAAAAUCACACUGCACUUACUGAGGAGAAUGAAGCAGGAUGAGCUGGCUGACCGUCUGCAGCGCAGAAGUUCUGCUGGAGUGUGUAAACGUAAACUCAAGACUAACCUAAACAAGAAGUUCCAGUGUGUGUUUGAGGGGAUUGCUAAAGCAGGAAACCCAACCCUUCUGAAUCAGAUGUUCACAGAGAUCUACAUCAUGGAGGGAGGGACUGCAGAGGUCAAUGAUGAACAUGAGGUCAGACAGAUUGAAAUAGCAUCCAGGAAACCAGACAGACCAGAAACAACAAUCAGACGAGAAGACAUCUUUAAAGCCCCACCUGGAAGAGAUGAACCAAUCAGAACAGUGAUGACUAAGGGAGUGGCUGGCAUCGGAAAAACAGUCUUAACACAGAAGUUCACUCUGGACUGGGCUGAAGGCAAAGCCAACGAGGACAUCCAGUUCAUAUUUCCUUUCACUUUCAGAGAGCUGAAUGUGCUGAAAGAGAGAAAGUACAGCUUGGUGGAACUUGUUGAUUACUUCUUCGGUGAAACCAAAGAAGCAGGAAUCUGCAGGUUUGAAGAGUUCCAGGUUGUCUUUAUCUUUGACGGUCUGGAUGAGUGUCGACUUCCUCUGGACUUCCUCAACACUGAGAUCUUGAAUGAUGUUACAGGGUCCACCUCAGUGGGUGUGCUGCUGACAAACCUCAUCAGAGGGAAUCUGCUUCCCUCUGCUCGCCUCUGGAUAACCACACGGCCUGCAGCAGCCAAUCAGAUCCCUGCUGACUGUGUUGACAUGGUGACAGAGGUCAGAGGUUUCACUGACCAACAGAAGGAGGAGUACUUCAGGAAGCGAUCCAAUGACAAGAAGCAGGAAAGCAGAAUCAUCUACCACAUCAAGACAUCACGAAGCCUCCACAUCAUGUGCCACAUCCCAGUCUUCUGCUGGAUCACUGCUACAGUUCUGGAGGACGUGUUGAAGACCAGAGAGGGAGGAGAGCUGCCCAAGACCCUGACUGAGAUGUACAUCCACUUCCUGGUGGUUCAGUCCAAACUGAAGAACAUCAAAUACGGUGGAGGAGCUGGGACCGAUUCAAACUGGAAUAAAGAGACGAAGAAGAUGAUUCGGUCUCUGGGAAAACUGGCUUUUGAGCAGCUGCAGAAAGGCAACUUGAUAUUCUAUGAAUCAGACCUGACGGAGUGUGGCAUCGAUAUCACAGCAGCCUCAGUGUACUCAGGAGUGUUCACACAGAUCUUUAAAGAGGAGAGAGGACUGUACCAGGACAAGGUGUUCUGCUUCGUCCAUCUGAGUGUUCAGGAGUUUCUGGCUGCUCUUCAUGUCCAUCUGACAUUCAUCAACUCUGGAGUCAACCUGCUGUCAGAAGAUCAAACAACCUCCCGGCUGCCUAAAGUCUUCAGAGUCAAACCUAAAGUAAAAUGUCUCCUUCAGAGUGCUGUGUACGAAGCCUUACAGAGUCCAAAUGGACACCUGGACUUGUUCCUCCGCUUCCUCCUGGGUCUUUCACUGCAGACCAAUCAGAAUCUCCUACGGGGUCUGAUGACACAGACAGGAAGUAUCUCAGAGACCUGUCAGGAGACAGUUGAGUACAUCAAGAAGAAGUUCAGUGAGGAUCUGUCUGCAGAGAGAAGCAUCAAUCUGUUCCACUGUCUGAAUGAACUGAAUGAUCGUUCUCUAGUGGAGGAGAUCCAACAAUCCCUGAGAUCAGGAAGUCUCGCCACAGAUAAACUGUCUCCUGCUCAGUGGUCAGCUCUGGUCUUCAUCUUACUGUCAGCAGAAAAAGAUCUGGACGUGUUUGACCUGAAGAAAUACUCUGCUUCAGAAAAGGAUCUUCUGAGGCUGAUGCCAGUGGUCAAAGCCUCCAACAAAGCUCUACUGAGUGGCUGUAACCUGUCAGAGAGAAGCUGUGAAGCUCUGUCCUCAGUUCUCAGCUCCCAGUCCUCUAGUCUGAGAGAGCUGGACCUGAGUAACAACAACAUGCAGGAUUCAGGAGUGAAGCUGAUCUCUGAUGGACUGAAGAGUCCACACUGCACACUGGAGACUCUCAGUCUGUCAGGCUGUCUGAUGUCAGAGGAAGGCUGUUAUUCUCUGGUCUCAGCGCUGAGCUCCAACCCCUCCCAUCUGAGAGAGCUGGACCUGUGCUACAAUCAUCCUGGAGACUCAGAAGUGAAGCUACUGUCAGCGGGACUGGAGGAUCCUCUCUGGAGACUGGAAACUCUCAGACUGAGUGGCUGUAACCUGUCAGAGAGAAGCUGUGAAGCUCUGUCCUCAGUUCUCAGCUCCCUGUCCUCUAAUCUGAGUCAGCUGAACCUGAGUAACAACGACCUGCAUGAUUCAGGAGUGAAGCUGAUCUCUGUUGGACUGAAGAGUCCACACUGCACACUGGAGACUCUAAGACUGAGUGGCUGUAACCUGUCAGAGAGAAGCUGUGAAGCUCUGUCCUCAGUUCUCAGCUCCCAGUCCUCUAGUCUGAGAGAGCUGGACCUGAGUAACAACGACCUGCAGGAUUCAGGAGUGAAGCUGAUCUCUGUUGGACUGAAGAGUCCACACUGCACACUGGAGACUCUCAGUCUGUCAGGCUGUCUGAUCUCAGAGGAAGGCUGUUCUUCUCUGGCUUCAGCUCUGAGCUUCAACCCCUCCCACCUGAGAGAGCUGGACCUGAGCUACAAUCAUCCAGGAGACUCAGGAGUGAAGCUACUGUCAGCGGGACUGGAGGAUCCAAGCUGGAGACUGGACACUCUCAGAUUCCUGUGAACUCACACUGGACACAAACACAG